AUGUGCAACGGCAUUGUUCUCGGCCUGAGGUUCAGCCAUACCGUUCUAGACAGAACGGGAGCUGGCACGCUCCUCAAGGUGUUUGCCCUAUGCUGCCGGGGACUACCUGCAGCCGAGUUGCCAACAAAUGCCGAGAAAGAAAAUGCGUCGAGGGACAUGAUUCUCCAUGCGACGCUUCCGGACAAUAGACGAAGAGACCACGAUGAGGAAUAUACCAUCGACCCGCUGGCAUUUGAGAUGCUCGUUGAUGUCAGGACACGCGACUCGGCUCUUAAGGAAACAUGCAGCGCUAUUCUGCACGAGCGGGGUAUCGACCCCAUGUGGGUCUCGAGCAAUGAUGUCUUCACUGCGUUCCUCGCAGUGUCUAUCAGCCAGGCCCAGAUUAGUAUGAACCGCCCGCCUAAAGAAUCAGACAUCGUGAUGGCGGUCAAUCUCCGCAACAAGCUUCAGCCCUCUGUCCCUGGAGGCUACCUCGAGAACAUGGUUACCGUCAUGCGCACCGGGUUCAAUCCCCGACUCUGCCAUUGCAACCAAGUCGAUGACGAGCGAAAAUCGCGCAUUGCACAGCUUGCAUUAAAAGUUCGAGCGCGGCUGACAUCCUGUGACGAUGAUCAUGUCCGUAGCCUGAUUUUGUACGUCAAGGACCAGAAUGACUGGAGCACAGUAAAUAUGAAGUUCUCAGGUAUGAUGAGUAUCGCGAGCUGGCGACAUUUGAAAGCGUGCGGCCUUGAUUUUGGAUCAGGGUUCGGUUCAGUUAGAUUCGAUGUGCCGACCGUUGGGGCACCAGAUGGACUGUGUAUCUUUAUGCCACGGCAGGCAAAAGCUGAAUCCGACAGCCUUCACGAUGUCCCGUGGGAUAGAUAUCUCUCAUUGGAUUCGGCAGUCAUGGAUGCUCUCAUCCAGGACCCUUUCUUUCGUUCGGCGUUGGCGGAGAUCUAG